AUGUCUCACGCAGAGUUGCCCGUCAUGAACGGUGUGUAUGGAUGGGUCACAGUUCUACCGCAGGGGCUCCGUGACUGCGGAGGCGAGGACGCCUACAUUCACACGGGAGGUGUGAUCUUUAAGCGAAAGUCGAAGACCACGUACACGGCGAAGGGCUCAGUGGUGGUUGACAAGCCAUUUGGCGAAAACGUCACGCUAUCUCUUUUGAGCAGUAGUCCUUUGUCUCAUACACAAUUGCGCCAUCUGCCCUCAGCUGGAGCUGUCCAUUUGGCAGUGCAAGGAUGCCACCAGUCCCGAUACUUGUCAGCACUUCACUUCCGGGACGUUCCAGAAGUUCUGCUCCCAACUUGGAGCCGAUCGUCGGCUGUGGACGGGCAUUGUCAAGAAAAUGCCCACCCUGAAGCACACGUGCCCGGUUGCCGAAUUUUUUUGGAAAGAAUCCUGCGCGUGUGCAGUUUACUGGCAAGAAUCCUACGGAGUUCUUACGGAGCUGCUGCAAGUCGGACCAGCGAGUGGUUCUAUCAUUACGGUGCAUCGGAACACUACGACCGUGGAGAAUAUCCUUUGAAGGAGGAAGUGAUCGAAAUUGAUGACAUGACAACUCCAUUACCUGUUGUUAAUGGUUUCUUUAAAGUCUAUGGAAGUUUCUUGGAAGAAGGUGAUGACGGAAGCACGACAACUGUGGGAUGCUUCAAUAUACAAGCAUUCAUUAUAAAGAAUUUAUAGUAUUAUUAAUGUACAGAAAGCAUGUAAUAAACAAUUAAGUAUAUAAUUAUAAAGUAUUAUGAAUUAAAGUCUAACAAUUGAGGAGAAAACAAUUUU